CCGCAGUGUCGCCAUGUCGCCGCUGUGCCCCGUGCUGCUGGCCCUGGCCCUGGCGGCCGUCCCCGGCGUCCGGGCGGCCUGCCCCGCGCCCGCGGACCUCAAGAGGCCGGACGGGACGCGCACGUGCGCCAAGCUCUACGACAAGAGCGACCCCUACUACGAGAACUGCUGCGGCGGCGCCGAGCUGUCGCUGGAGCCCAACACCGACCUGCCCUUCCUGCCCUCCAACUGGGCCAACGUGGCCUCGUCGCUCGUGGUGGCCCCGCGCUGCGAGAUCACCGUGUGGUCCGUACGCGGCAAGGCGGGCAAGACGCGCAAGUUCUCCACCGGCGUCUACCCGCGCCUCGAGGAGUUCCGCAAGGGCAUCUUCGGCGACUGGUCCAACACCAUCGCGUCCCUCUACUGCAGAUGUUACUGAUGUGUUAGAGACACUUCAUCUCCAACCCCCAGAGAGUGCAGAGCCCCUCACCUGACCUUGUCACUGGGGUCUGCUGAAGACCCCAAGUCCCAGGAGGAAAGAACUUCUUGCCUGCUCCCCACCCUGCCUUUCCCACAAUAUAGCCCUUGUGAAUGUA